AUGACUUGCGUGGCCCCGCGUACCUGCAGAUGCCCUAAAGGUUACUACGGCAUCGGAUGCAGGCGGGCCUUCUGCAGGAAUGGAUGCUAUAACGGUGGUGAGUGCGUCCGCCCAGAUGUAUGCAAGUGCCGUGCCGGGUACGAAGGUCCGCUGUGCCUUACGCCUGUCUGUAAGCCUUCCUGUGUGAAUGGCGGCUACUGCGUGGGCUCCAAUACCUGCCGCUGUCUUCGUGGCUUCGAAGGGUGGCGCUGUGAGCACAUGAAGUGUAUGGUGAGUUGUCUAAAUGGAGGAAGCUGUGUCGGACCCUACCUCUGCAACUGCUUGCCUGGAUAUACAGGUCACAGAUGUGAAAUAGUCACCUGCUCUCCCGGAUGUAGAAAUGGCGGCCUUUGUAUCGCCAAAAACACUUGCAAGUGCUCGCAAUGGUUUGUUGGUGAGCAGUGCGAAUUUCCCGUAUGUAGAAGCACGUGCCUAAAUGGAGGCAGAUGUGUCAAGCCCAACGUUUGUCUUUGUGAUAGCCGCUUUUGGACGGGAGUCCGCUGCCAGUUACCAGUCUGCAUGUUCCCUUGUCUUCACGGCGGCAGGUGUGUGCGACCAAACCAGUGCUCCUGCCAGUCAGGAUAUUAUGGCAAAAUGUGUGAGAAAGCCAUUUGCAAAGACUCUUGUUUUAACGGUGGUCGCUGCAUACGACCGGGGACCUGCGCAUGCGCAUUUGGCUUCACCGGGCCAAGAUGCCUUGCUCCAUAUUUAGCUCAGAAUGGAGGAUGAUGACUGCUGUUAUUGUUAUUAUGAUUAUUUUUAUUGGCUCAUUUUUUACUUUAUACUUGUACAGAAAAAAGUAUGACUAUA